AAGGAGGAAACCUUGCUGGGGCUUUGUCAGUUGCUGCUUCCCCCUUGACACUGCUUGAAGGACACCUCUACUGCAAUGGGGAGGCAAAAGGACGUUCUCGCUGCUGUUGAGACACACUUGAGGAUCAGGAACAAAUUAGUGCGGCAAGCACUGGCUGAGUGCCUGGGGACGUUGAUUCUGGUGCUGUUUGGCUGUGGCUCUGUUGCACAGAUUGUGCUCAGUAGAGGGACUCAUGGAGGUUUCCUGACUGUUAACCUGGCCUUUGGCUUUGCUGUGAUGCUCGGCAUUUUGAUCUCAGGACAGGUUUCAGGUGGACAUCUGAACCCAGCUGUCACUUUUGCCAUGUGCUUUUUGGCCCGGGAGCCCUGGAUCAAGCUACCAAUUUAUGCCCUGGCCCAAACCCUGGGGGCUUUCCUGGGAUCUGGCAUAGUCUUUGGGCUGUACUAUGAUGCCAUCUGGGCUUUUGGCAGCAACCAGUUGUAUGUAACAGGACAGAAUGGCACUGCUGGUAUCUUUGCCACCUAUCCAUCUCAGCAUCUGAAUGUCGUGAAUGGAUUCUUUGACCAGUUCAUUGGCACAGCCUCUCUGAUUGUUUGUGUCUUGGCCAUUGUUGAUCCCUACAACAACCCUGUUCCCACGGGGCUGGAAGCUUUCACUGUUGGCUUCGUUGUCCUCGUUAUUGGAACCUCCAUGGGCUUCAACUCUGGCUAUGCUGUCAACCCUGCCAGGGACUUUGGGCCUCGUCUCUUCACAGCUAUUGCUGGCUGGGGCACUGAAGUGUUCUGGACUGGUAAACAGUGGUGGUGGGUUCCAGUCGUUGCUCCUUUCCUUGGGGCCAUUGCAGGAGUGAUGGUCUAUCAGCUGAUGAUUGGAUGUCACGAUGAGCCUUCUCCACCUGCCUCUGAGCAGGAAACAGUCAAGCUGUCUAACAUGAAGCACAAGGAAAGGGUCUGAGGAACCUGCCACCCAGAUCUGGCAGAUGUUCAUUACUCAGGACUUCAGCUGGCAAAGGGGAGGAAGGAGUUAAGAACUUCAAGAACAACAGGAAGAGGUUUUUUCCUGUCUUAAGAUAAUCUAGCUUUUUGUGUGUGUGUAUAUUCCUGAUGCGUUUUCUUUAGACACUUUCCUGUGAGCCUUUCCCCAAAUGCAGUAUCAUGUAAUCUUUCCCUAGCAGAAGGGGGUUGAGGACUGUAGGAGUCAGGAGAGAAUUGGGCAUUGCUGUCCAACACCUCCACUGUGGGUCAGUUGUUAAGGAAUCUGGAGCUCUCUUGGGCUGUGUUGCUGACUUUGCCUGUGAGCUUGGCAAAUUGCUUUCCUCCAAACCUGUGUCCCUAUCUGUGGAGUGGGCAUCAUGCAAAAUUUAACUCGUUUAGCAUGGAAUGGAAACUCCUACAUCCCUGGAAAAAAAAAAAAGGCCUGUGAUUGUACUAUGGAUCAAAUUCAUGCCUAGUGUUGCUCUAAAGUUAAUGGCUUGGCACCAGGAGCGAACUUGUUUUAAAAGAUUUUUAUUGGCCAAACUUCUUAUAUCCCCCAUGCAUUACCAGAAUAUCAUAUCAAUUAGUUGAUCCAUAAUCUGAGUAGAGAGUGAGAACGCAUUGGAUUUGAAUUUAAUACUAAGAGUGUUUACAAACCACUGAACCCUCGUGUUUGAAUCGAUUGCUAAUAUUGCCAACUUCUAGAAGAUAACACACAGGAAAUCCUUGUUCUAGCCAGGGGCUAAUCUGGAAAGAAAGCUUGGCUCCCUGUAGCAGCAUUUCUAAUUAAUCAGCUUUGUAUAUAAACUGCCAUCAGCUAAUAACUAAGUUCCACUGGAGACAUGGUGUUGCUAAAGUUGUGUGUGUUCAUGUAAAUUUCAUAAUAGUGUUUUUAAAUAGAUUUAUAUAUAAAUAUACUCAUUAAAGCUGUUACUAAAUACCAGGGUUGGGAUGAGUUAAUUUAAAGAUAUGUCGGAACUGCCUAGUCUUUGACAGCAUUGACAUUCUGUUGGAUUUUCCUGGGGUGGCCUUAGAUUAUGUCAUUGUGUUGUUGAAGCACCUCCUUUUCCACCUUGCAGAAUUACUGGGGUAUCUCUGGUACUCACAACUGAGGGUCAGGCACCUCCUGCACUAGCAGUACCGGCAUUUCAGGGGAUCUCUUGCUCUCCCAAUGCCAUAUUAUUACAGAGUGUUUGAAAAAAGCAGUAUCAUUUGUGAAAGAAUUUGUAGGUCCUGUGCCACUGCAUUAGAGAAACUCUUUCAAAGUCUGUUUCUUUAAUGUGUGAAUUCCUUGAAAUAUGUAACUUUGUACGCAUUUCCAGUCACUAAAAUGAUGUAUUCUUUUUUAUUUUUGCUUUUUGAAAAAAUAAAAUGUCUAUGCAACAA